AUGGCGGGCGUGGUGCUGGAGACACUCAGCAACAAGAAACUGACCAUCCUCAGCGUUUCGCUCAUUAUCAUUCUGACUGUGUUUUUCCUUAUUGGUGGUCUUGUUGCUCCUGCACCAAACAGUGUCAUCCCUUCAAUCGCUAUAAAGUGCAUCGACUUAGAGCAAGUUUGGCAGAAGAAAAGCAUCAAGGACAUCACAGCGUUUGUUCCCAGGGGCGGCAAAAAGCAGUGCCAUGUAGUGAACUCUUUUCAUGACCCUGCCAUUGAAUCGGAGCAUAUAGAUGCCAACCAGGUUGUCUUUGCUCAGAUCUUCCCCCUGCCGCGGGAUGAUCACUUCCUGGAUAUGUCACGCUGGUUCCAGAACAUGAUUGCAGUUGUUGAUAUCAGCGUCAAGUUCAGUGAAAAAAAUGCUUAUCCUGAGGAAAGGGAGCCUGAGAUGCUGUUGGCAGCAAACCUAUUCUAUCGAGACAAAGAAGAUGAUGAAGAUGACUGGAAACUGCUGGCUUCCUCCGGAAGAACGUCGCUUAAAUCAGAAGGAAACAUGUACAAGUGCGAGUUGUUGCCCCUCUUUGAGCUGGGCAGUGUCCACUAUGAUUACUAUUUAAUUAACAUCCGUCUGCCUGUGCAUGUCAAGUCAGAGGUCAAUCAUAUCGGAGAAAUGGAAGAUCUUGGUAUCAUCGUGAUAUUCCAGAAUGGUGGUUUCACCAAGGUUUGGUUUUCCAUAAAGACAGCCCUCUUCCCUGUGGUUCUUGGGGUGCUCAUUUGGUUCUGGAGGCGGGUGCUGACCCAGGGCCGCUCCACAAACCUCACUGAAAGAACCCUGUUUGCUCUGGGAGUGGUGCUGUCCAUCAUGAACUGUCCCGUUGAGUGGCUGACCCUGGUUGUCAACAUGCCAUUCAUGAUGCUGCUCAACGACAUCCGGGACGGAGCUUUCUAUGCCAUGCUGCUGUCAUUCUGGAUCAUCUUUGUGGGGGAACAUAUGCUGGAUCAGCUAGACAGGAACCGUCUCGCGGCCUACUGGAAACAUUUAACUGUGGUUCUUCUUGCCUGCCUGGCUCUGCUCAUUUUUGAUAUGUCUGAGAGAGGUAGACAGCUGGUGAAUCCAUUCUACAGUAUCUGGUAUUCCCCAGUGGGUGCUGCUGCUGCCUUUGGGUUUAUCAUUGUUGCUGGCAUAGCUGCCUGUUUGUACUUUGUGUUUCUCUGCUACAUGGUGUUCAAAGUGCUGAGAAACAUCCGCUCCAAGCGCACAAAACUUCUGCACAUGUCCACCCUCAGGCGCAAAUAUUAUUUGGGGCUGAUUUUCCGUUUCAAGUUCCUCAUGGCUGUAACGUUGCUUUGUGCAGCCUUGACUGUGAUCUCCUUCAUCAUCGGCCAGGUCAGUGAGGGCCAUUGGAAGUGGGGAGAUAAGGAUGUCGGCUUGGAGUAUACAAGUGCUUUCCUCACAGGUGUGUACGGGAUGUGGAAUGUGUACGUCAUAGCACUGUUGAGCCUGUAUGCCCCUUCACAUAAGAAGUUUACCUCUGAACUUGACGACACAGACAGUAACAGUCGGGAAGAAGAGGUCCAGUUGACACAGCUGCCGUCAGAGGCGUCCAACUUGGCAUCCUUUAUCACCAAGCCUGCUGCAGAUUGA